GUGGGGCGGUGAGGUGGGGCGGGGCGUCUCGGGCGCUGAGAGGACGUGACCCCGCAAAAGGAGGAUGGACAGGAGAAAAAGUUUGAUUUUGAAGACUGUGUGGCUACAGAUAACAGUUUAUUUCCCAAGUUACCAAAUCCUGAAGUUGCUACAGGAGUGCUAACUGAUGUAAAAAUUGAACCAGAAAGUCGGUGAUAAUGAUGAAGAAGGCAACCAUGAUAAUCAUGACGUGCAUGAGGAAUAAGUGACUGAACCGGCAAGAGUGAACAUUUCUGAAGCCUUUGCAAGUGUAGAAAGUGCUUAGAACAUUCCUUUCUCUUCAAGCAGAUGUUCCUCUUGAGAUAAUAACUCAUCAUUGAUGAAGAUGUCUUCAGCACCUGAGCCUCCAGCAUUCAAAAAGGAACCACCCAAAGAGAAAGACUUUCAAAGCCCGGGGCUCAGACGGGUGCGCACAACAACCUUAUUUCGUGCUGUGAAUCCAGAGCUCUUCAUUAAACCUAACAAACCUGUAAUGGCUUUCGGAUUGGUAACUCUUUCACUUUGCGUGGCAUAUAUUGGUUAUCUGCAUGCAACACAAGAGAAUAAAAAGGACCUCUAUGAAGCUAUUGAUAGUGAGGGGCACAGUUACAUGAGGCGGAAAACAUCCAAAUGGGAUUAGUAAUGCUGGUUACUGCAGAUGGACGUUUAUUAAGCGUUCUGAAAUCUUCAACUGAAAGACCUUGUGAGUGUACAGUAUCAUAUUUCUUGUUCUAGAACAUGCUAAUGAAGACAGAAGAUAGCAGUUGCAACCAGACAACUGUCGUAAAUUUUGCCCUUUCACAGCCGUUAUCUCAUUCUUUUUCCACAGAGCGAGCUUCAUAAUAUUUUUCUUUCCUUGCCUCUUAUAAAAGUGCCAUGAGAAUGGAAGUUGUCUUUGUUAAUUAUUAAAUUCUGUAUAAUAAAAGUACCCAUGCUGUUAAAUUUGCAUGAUGUUUUAAAUAUUUUAAGAUGAAUUAUGCUGGUGCAGCUGUCGUGAAAGUUUAGUUGUGUUUUGCUACUUGCAAAGGAAAUGUUCAUGUUCUCCCUGGCAUAGAACCUAUAUUUUUAAAGAAAGAUAAAUAGAAAAUUUAAAGCCUGAAGUCAAUAUUAAAAAUAUGAGAUAUGAGAAACUGAGUUGGCUCUGACAAGUAGUUCUUAUAGUGUCACAAAUGGUUCAUAUAUUUCAGUUUCCAUUUUAGCUAUUUUUGGGGCACAAUUUUAUUUUAAUGGAAAAGAUCCUUCCACUCAGCUGCUAAAAUAAAGAUUAAAUAAGAAUAUCCCAGAGUAAUUGGAGUUUUUCUUUAAAAGAGAAAGUAUGUUUUACUGAGGUAUGAUGAUUUUGACUACAACUAAAUGUUAUCUAUUUUAGUUUUUGUAAAUUAAUGUUACAGUAAUGUUGUAAACAUAAGACCAAGUGUUCUUAUAGUUAUUUAAAAACUACAACUACUCAAUAGAUAAGAAAUAGAUAAGGUCUCCUUAUUGUACCAGGUUUACCUUAUAUGCUUUUUUUUUCUUUUGAAGUUUAUAUGCCAGCAGGCCUUUUUGUUUUUUUUCUUUUCAGAAUGUUUCUUAUUCUCUGAAGCAUCAGCAUUUUGAAGUGUCUUUUAUGGAAGUGGGGACAGAAAAGGGGGUAAAAAUGAGUGUAAACAAAGCCGAGCCCCACUGUCAGCACCGAGCAGCAGAAUGGCCUUGGUUGUCCUGGCACCUGGCCCAGGGGCCUAGGACAGAGGUCAAGGCUAGGCCCCUGUGUCUGGCCAGAUUCUGCCUUAUAGAAUUCAAAUCUUUAUCACAAGGGUUCUGGACCUGUUUCAUUUCUAGAUAUGUACCUAAUUCUCCAAAUCAUUGUAAUUGGGCCUCAGUAGUAAAUCUCACCUCUGAAGUUUUGCUUCAGUUGCUAUUAAUAUUACCAAGUAAUAAUAACAGCACAGGCAGAGUUUAUCAUAAUGUUAUUUUUAAUUUAUCAUACUUCAUUGUCGUUUUGUAAGGUAUAUGAAUAUGUAAUUAUGUGUGAUUUGUAGAUAUUAAAGAACUUAGCUAAUUGAAUUUACAUGCAACUAAAUAAAAUCUUUACUACUGAGCCCCAAAUAUUUAUUUGCUGUGCCUCUCUGUAUAAUGUACUUUAUAUAGUUUAAAAUGCACUUCAGUGAUACAAAAUCCCUUUUAAAGACUGUCUUUUGUUUUUGGUUUCCCUGUGUAUUUUGGCUGUCAAAAAACUAGGGUUCUUCUGUUUUUAACUUAUGCAUUUAAUGACACAUUGCCAUCUUUUAGAAUUUUUUACUAUUUAACAGAAUAAGUUGAUGUUUGGUGGCAGAGGAGAUAUUAGUUGCGUGAACUGUCAAGAGACUGCAGUGCAGGAGGGCAACAGAAACUGUACAAGUUGCAGACUUAACUCAUGUAAGAUCUGUGUGAAUCAGCCAAAGUAACUAGAGUCAGUCAAACACAAAGCUGUGAAAAGUAGUGUGAGGAAAGAAUCAUACUGAAUUUUAGGAACAAGUACCUGACUAUGAUACUUUUUACAGAAUGGCUACAAGUUGUAGGACAGUUUUUGUGUGUGCUGAUGUCAACGGCUGCCUGGCUAUGUGUUGAUGUUUUCAUCCUUUCUCUUUUGAAUGAGGGUAUAACCAUCAAAAAUAAAAUACCUUUCAAAUAGUCCGAA